AUGUUUUCGUUUUUCCUCCUUUUGGCUUCGCAGAGCCUGGUGCUCGCGAAGCCUGUCUCGUAUAAACAGCUAGCUGAUCGCUAUCAGCCUUCGUACAACGAACCUGCACCUCCGACGUACGAUCAUCCAUCGUACAACGAGCCAGCACCUCCAGCAUAUGAUCAGCCAGAAUAUGCUGAGCCAGCACCUCCGAAAUACGACCAACCCAGCCCGCCUCCUGCAUAUGGACCGUCGUACGAUCAGCCAACCUGCAACGGCUAUGGACCCUGCGAAACCGACUACGUGACUUCGACAUCGUUCACCCUCAAUGCUACCAGCGUUGUGACUACAACCGUGACGACUACCAUCGCACAACCAAGCGGACGCCAGCAAGGAACAGUCAUCAUCGUUCUUCCAGGAAACUACACCACCACAACCGUCACUGUCUCUACAAUCGUUGCGCCUGUUACCACUACCGUGACUCAGACUGUCACUGGCCAGCCUGGGACUAUCAUCAUUCAACUGCCACCAACAGGCGGUGCUACUGGCCCUACGACUACAACUCCUCAGCCUGGCGCUACUGCACUUCCCAACUUGACUACCAUCACCGAAUACGAUCCUACCAUCACAGCGUCUGCCACGACCACAGUUCCUGGUGUUGCCGGUGGUCCCGGGACUGUCAUCAUCGACCAGCCAGUGGAUUUUGAAACCACAACGAUCUACGACCCGUCGCUUCGUGAGGGUACGACUUCCACUGAGUAUGUCCCCGGCCAGCCUACCGGAUUGAUUGUCGUCAGAGCACCUGAAGUUUAUGAGACCACCACUGUCUACAACACUGCGAUCACAAUUUCCGCGACUUCAACUCUGACGACUUUCGCGCCCGGACCGCCUCUCACGACUGGCUUGGUGGAGCUCGAUCUCCCAGUAUCGUUCACUACAUCUGCGGUAUACGAUCCAGAAAUUCAGUCACCUGUCACAACCACUAUCUAUAAUGGAGGCCCAUCUGGAACGGUGAUCGUCACUGACCGAGCUGUCUACUCUACGACUACUGUCUACAACACUGCUAUUUCGGCCGCCACUAGCACCACUAUUACGCCUUUCGCGCCGGGGCCGCCACUCACGACUGGACUGGUAGAGCUUGAUCUUCCCGUGUCGUACACCACAUCUGCGGUAUACGAUCCGGAAAUUCAAUCGCCAAUUACGACAACUAUUUACAAUGGAGGUCCAUCUGGUACGGUCGUAAUCAGGGAUCGUGCUGUCUACUCGACGACUACAAUCUAUAACACUGCCAUUGCGGCCCCUUCUAGUUCUACACUGACAUCUUUCACGCCUGGACCUCCUCUUACGACUGGCCUAGUCGAGCUGGACCUUCCAGUCUCAUUUACCACAUCCGCGAUUUAUGACCCUGCUAUCGAAUCUGCAGUUUCUAGCACGGUUUACACGGGUGGUCCCUCGGGCACAGUUUUCAUAACCGAUCGUGCUAUUUACUCGACUACCACCGUUUACAACACCGCUAUUGCAGCCCCCUCAAGCUCUACUCUUACAUCAUUUGCUCCUGGCCCACCUGUCGUAACUGGUCUUGUGGAGCUGGACCUGCCUGUUUCCUUCACUACCUCUGCUAUUUACGAUCCGGCUAUCGUAGAGGCAGUUUCUUCUACCGUUUAUACCGGAGGUCCUCUUGGCACAGUCUUUGUUACGGAUCGUGCCAUUUACACUACGACGACCUCGUACGAUCUUUCUUUUACCGCAGAGGCUUCAACGACCUUGACUACCUUCCAGCCAGGGCCACCUGUAGUUACUGGUCUUGUCCAACUUGACGAGCCAGUUACUCUAACCACGACAACCAUUUACGAUCCGGCUAUCGUCGAUGCCGUGUCUACCACUGAUUAUACUGGAGGACCUUCAGGGACAGUUUUCGUGACGGAUCGUGCCAUUUACACUACGACAACCUCAUACGAUCUUUCUUUCACCGCAGAGGCUUCGGCCACUUUGACUACCUUCCAAGCAGGGCCACCUGUAGUCACUGGUGUUGUCCAGCUUGACGAGCCAGUCACCCUUUCCACGACGACCAUUUACGAUCCUGCGAUUCAGAACCCUGUCAGCACUACCGUCUAUACCGGCGGCCCUACCGGCAUCGUCUCGGUCACUGACCGUGCCGUGUACGUCACAAGCACAUCGUAUGACCUCUCUUUCACUGCAGAGGCCUCAACAACACUCACCACAUUCCGACCUGGUCCACCAAUUGUUACCGGACUCGUCCAGCUUGACGAGCCAGUCAGCCUGGCGACAACAACCAUUUAUGACCCUGCCAUCCAGGUCCCUAUCAGCACCACUGUCUACACGGGAGGCCCAAGCGGAGUCGUCUCGGUCACUGAUAGAGCUGUUUAUGAGACAAGCACAUCUUACGACCUGUCCUUUACUGCUGAAGCGUCCACAACGCUCACCACGUUCCAACCUGGACCACCGAUCGUCACUGGACUCGUACAGCUGAAUGAGCCAGUGACUCUUUCGACGACUACAAUUUAUGAUCCUUUGGUUGAUACCCCCAUCAGCACCACAGUGUACACGGGAGGCCCCAGCGGAGUCGUUUCAGUGACCGACAAGGCAGUGUAUGAAACAACCACCAACUACGGAACACAGUUUGCCGAGCCGACCACGACGACUGUCGCAUUGUUCAACGCCGGCCCACCUUUGACGCCAGGUACCGUUCGUGUUGAUCAACCAGUGACCUUCACAACUACCACUGUGUAUGACCCUCUGAUCGACACACCAGCCUCGACGACAAUCUACACUGGUGGGCCAAGCGGAACCGUCUCAGUGACCGACAGGGCGGUAUAUGAGACAACCACAAACUUUGGUACGCAGUUUGCAGCUCCAGCUACAACCACUCUGGCGUCUUUCACCCCAGGUCCCCCCAUUGUGCCAGGUACUGUCCGUGUUGAUCAACCAGUGGUCUUCACGACUACCACUGUCUAUGAUCCGUUGAUUGAUACGCCAGCUUCAACGACAAUCUACACUGGUGGGCCAAGUGGAACCGUCUCUGUCACCGAGAGGGCGGUAUACGAAACUAUAACAUCGUUUGGAACCCAGUUCGCUGCUGUCGCCACGUCUACCGUUGCACUCUUCAACCCAGGUCCACCUCAAGUUGCAGGCACAGUCGAGGUCGACUCGCCUCCUCAGCUCACCACCAUCACUUCGUAUGGAAACUUCCCUGCCGAAGCCACCACCACUAACUACGUCGAUGGUGCGCCCACCGGGACUGUCGAGGUCGAUGUCCCUGUGCAGUACACUACAACGACUGCAUUUGGCGAUUUCCCUGUCUCCACAUCUUCGAUUAACUACGAUCCUGGCUCACCUUCCGGAACCGUGAUCCAACAAGGUCCACUGUACGUGACAACGACCAGCUACGGUUUGGCCUCUUCUACAAGCACUAUCGUCACAGGUAAUCCGAUGACGCAAGGCACGAUUCUUCAAGUCCUCCCCGCGACCGAAGCUGUUCAAGCACCAAUCGUAGUUGUCACUAAGUCCGUCGGCACUUCUCAGAGUGCUCCAUUCGCGAUCCCUGCGCCUCCCACCGAUCCGGUCGUUCCACCAAUACCUGCGCCGACUCAGUGUGGCAACCAAGGUCUUGCUUGGGCUGACUACGCGAACAUUGGCGGUGGCUAUGCUCCAGGCUACCCUACCUUCAGAGCCGCGCCUUAUAAGACCAUUACACCAAGACACCAAGGAGUGACCACCUCCAUUGGCGGAUUCUCCUUCAAGCCGAUCGGUGUCACUGGUACACUCGAAAUUUACAACGGCGUUGUCAUUCCUAGCGACUACUGGGUAAUCAACCACCAGGCUUACAUCUACCCCGGCGUCUCUGGAGACUACACAUUCACAUCUUACAAUGCUGACGAUAUUGUGCUCGUGUGGAUUGGUCCAACCGCAUAUGCAGGCUGGACAAGAACGAACGCCAUCUUGGAGCAAGUCUAUGCAACUCCACCACAGGGCUUCACUGGUUAUCCAGGUGAACCCCCGGUCAGUGUUACUAUCACACUCGAAGCAGGCGUCUACUAUCCAAUCCGUGUCAUGGCCGCGAACGCUCAGUUGCAGGCCGAAUUCCAUCUCCUCGUCACCGCUCCGGACGGCACGGAGUUCUUGGGUCCCCAGACCCAGGCGUCGCCAUACCUCGUACAGUACUCUUGCGAUGAGACAUCUGCGCCUCGAUUCCCAGCUUUUGGUAUGCAGCUCUAA